CCCUCCUCUGACGAAGCACACGGAGACAAAAUGAAAAGGUGAAGCGGGCGGUAUUACGGCGUAAGCAAAACUCUCCAACCCUCCCCAAAUAAUAAAAAAAAAAAGAAGAAAUCAACAGGAUGAAGACCUGCUAGUACCCUGCACUUUUCACUCCAACAUCAGGACCAGUUUUGCUUUUGUCCCUGCGGAGUACAAGAUGGAAAACUUUUUCCUAGACCCAAACCCCAUGGAGCUUAUUUGCAGCUGGGGGAGAGCUGAGAUGGAAGGAAAGCAAGGAAGUUGUUAACUUGGAGGCUUCCUAGCUGUAUUCUAUCUCCUGCCGUACCUUUCCUCAACUUGGGAUACACACAAGCUGAUUUCCUUUCUGCAUCCUGCGGACCCCGAGUUAAGAAUUCCACACAUAGCAAGUGACCACACACACUUGCAAGGACGCUGAAGUUUGAUAGCUACGGCGAGAUCCAACAUCACUCCGUCUGGGAAGGGAUCGAUGCCUGGGAUGGCGUGGUGGGGGUUAGUGCUGGAUGGCUGCACGAAGCCCAGGAAGUAGGGUGCCAACAUGGCCACUCCAAGGAGAAAGUUCCCAUCUUCUCCCUGGUCCCCACUUUUUCUCAUUCUCCUCAUCGCAUCCCCGGGACCUCUACACGGGCGGCCUCUCCUCUUGCACUCGUCCAUCAACGUGGCGGUGGUGUUCAGCGGCUCCAGUUAUCAGAGCGAGGUGCGAGGGCGGCUGAGCGGCGAGAAUUUUGUGGACCUGCCCGUGGUGGUGAGCCCCGUGACGGUGCUGGUGAACGACACCAAUCCGCGCGACCUGCUCACCCGCCUUUGCGAUACCAUGGCGACGGAGAAGCUGCACGGUGUUGUGUUUGAAGACGAUGUCGGGUCAGGUGCCACCACACAGGUGACCGAGGUGGCGCAAAUCCUGGACUUCCUGUCGACCCAGACGGCUCUGCCUAUCGUGGGCAUCAGCGGCGGAUCGGCGGUGGUCAUCCCCUAUAAGUCGGAAGGUUCGUCAUUCCUGCAGAUGGGAGCGUCUCUGGAGCAGCAGGUCCUCUGCAUGUUCAAGAUCAUGGAGGAGUACGACUGGGGCGAGUUUGCAAUCAUCACUAGCUUGCUGCCGGGAUACGACACCUUCGUGGACAUCGUUCAGGCCUACACGGAUACGUCCUACUUUAUGUGGGAUCUCCAGGAUGUCCUGACCAUGGAGAUGUCCGUCGGGGCCAACGACAUGCGGACCCGGCGCAUUCUGCAACAGGUGGACUCGCAGGUCCUUCUGGUGUAUUGCUCCUUUGAGGAGGCGCAUUUCCUUUUCCGCCAAGCCUUUGAGGUGGGUCUGGUGGGGCCGGGCUACAUCUGGAUCCUGCCCAGCUCAGCUGUGGGCAACCCCGAGGUGUCACCGCCGGCCAUUUUCCCCGUGGGCGUCAUCGGCGUCAUCACGGAGCAGUGGCGCAAGAGCUUGCGGCAGCGGGUACGCGAAGGCGUCGCCAUCGUGGCCAAAGGCGCCGAGAGCUUCAAGAAGCAGCUCGGCUUCAUCCCCGAAGGACACGGCGACUGCAGCAAACCCGCAAAGCACUCGGGCAACAACACGCUUUUCAGGCACAUGCUGAAUGUAACCUGGGAAAGGAGGGACCUGUCAUUCAACAGCAGAGGCUUCCUCUCCAACCCUUCUAUGGUUGUCAUCGCCCUGGAUAGAGAACGGGUGUGGGAUAAGGUGGGCACCUACGGUCGGGGCAUCCUGCAGGUGCGUUACCCGGUGUGGCCGCGCUACGGCAACUUUCUGGAACAUGUGACAGAUGACCGCCACUUAACUGUGGCCACGCUUGAGGAGCGCCCCUUCGUCAUAGUUGAAAACGUGGACCCCGGUACGGGCACAUGCGUCCGCAACACGGUGCCCUGCAGGCGCCAGUCCAAUCACUCUGAAAGCAUCAUCGGCCACUCUGAGUCGUACACAAAGCUGUGCUGCAAGGGCUUCUGCAUUGACAUCCUGAAGAAACUUUCCCGCACCAUCAAAUUCUCGUACGACCUCUACCUGGUCACCAACGGCAAGCACGGCAAACUGGUGCGCGGCACUUGGAACGGUAUGAUUGGUGAGGUUGUGUACCGACGCGCCGACAUGGCCAUCGGCUCGCUCACCAUCAACGAGGAGCGCUCGGAGAUCAUCGACUUCUCUGUGCCGUUUGUGGAAACGGGAAUCAGCGUCAUGGUCGCCCGCAGCAACGGCACCGUCUCCCCGUCCGCCUUCCUCGAGCCGUACAGUCCGGCCGUGUGGGUCAUGAUGUUCGUUAUGUGCUUGACGGUGGUGGCCGUGACGGUGUUUGUGUUCGAGUACUUCAGUCCGGUCGGGUACAACCGCAGCCUAGUGAGCGCCAAAGCUCCGGGCGGCCCCACCUUCACCAUCGGCAAGUCGGUUUGGCUGCUAUGGGGCAUCGUGUUCAACAACUCGGUGCCCAUCGAGAACCCCAAAGGUACCACCAGCAAGAUCAUGGUGCUGAUCUGGGCCUUCUUCGCCGUCAUCUUCCUGGCGUCGUACACCGCCAACCUGGCCGCCUUCAUGAUCCAGGAGCAGUACAUCGACACCGUCUCCGGCCUCUCCGACAAGAAGUUCCAGAAGCCGCACGAGCACUACCCCCCCUUCCGCUUCGGGACGGUCCCGAACGGCAGCACGGAGCGCAACAUCCGAAGCAACUAUCCCGACAUGCACACGCAUAUGAUGAAGUACAACCAAAAGGGUGUGGAGGAGGCACUCGACAGCCUCAAAACCGGAAAGCUGGAUGCCUUCAUCUACGACGCGGCCGUGCUCAACUACAUGGCGGGCAAGGACGAAGGUUGCAAGCUGGUCACCAUCGGCAGCGGCAAAGUCUUCGCCACCACCGGCUACGGCAUCGCCUUGCAGAAAGACUCACGCUGGAAGAGGCUCAUCGACCUGGCGCUGUUGCAGUUCCUCGGCGACGGUGAUACACAACGCCUGGAGACAGUGUGGCUCUCAGGCAUCUGCCAGAAUGAGAAGAACGAGGUGAUGAGCAGCAAGCUGGACAUUGACAACAUGGCGGGUGUCUUUUACAUGCUGUUGGUGGCCAUGGGCCUCAGCCUGCUGGUGUUCGCCUGGGAGCAUCUGCUCUACUGGAAGCUGCGUCACUCGCUCCACAAGUCCCACAAACUCGACUUCCUGUUGGCCAUCAGUCGGGGUAUCUACAGUUGCUUCAAGGGUGUGGAAGAUCAUGGCCGUUCAUCCGGUCUGGCCAAACCUGACCUGACAUCCAACUACGCCCAAGCCAACAUGCUGAAGAUGCUGCGCACCGCUAAGGACCUGGUAUCCACCGCCAAUGUUGAGAGUUCCCUUGACAAUGCCACCAAGACCAUUGAGCACUUUAGCCGGCACAGCGGGAGCGGCUUGCCGGUCCGUGUCCCCCAUGUGGCUGCCGAGACGGUACCUGGAGGCUUUGCGUAUGUCAUGGAGAACCACGUGUCCUUCCCGCAGCAAUCUAUCUCGCCGCAGAGGUGUGUCAGCAGGCCCACGCCACUGCGCUACACGCUUCCGACCCAUUCCACUUCGUGUCUAUACGAGCGCCCGCUUCCCGUGUCCAGCCUCAGCAGCCCGCACCUGGCGGUCAGCGAAACUCUCCCCCAUCAGCAUCCCCGCCAUUACCAGACCACCGGAAGACUAUAUGUAGACACCCACCCGCACUCGAGGUUCAUCUCAUACACAGACCUGCAGCUGCCUGACAUCUAUACCUCCCAUCCUGUCCCCGUGGUCCAAAACCAGAACACGGAGGGAGGCAUCCACCAGAGGAAACGAAGAUCCAAAAGCUUCCAGUCUGGGGAUGGCGACACAGAGAGAAGGAAGUACAAGGAUCACGAGAAGAACAAGCUCACCCUCAGCGAGCUCAAAGCCAACAACCUCCAGUGCAAACACAUCUCUGCCCCCAGCAUGGAGAGCAUCUACUCGGUGGAGGGGACGUGUCCUCCGGUGGAGAACUACAGAUCCUGGCCUCCGGAGGAUCUCAUGUUGAGGGGAAGACGUCGGCGCCGCCGCCCCUCAUUCCUGAAAGCAACAUGGGGCAGCGAGCAGAUCCACCAGCUCGACGAGUCCCAAUCAUCUCUUUCCAGUCAGUCGCCCUCCACGCUUCCUGACCUGUUCCCGUGCAUCCUCACGCCAACCAUGGCUGCAAAGGCCAACAACCCCGCCCACCUCCGGAACAACCUGUGCCUCCCGCGGAACCAGGCGUACCUCCACAUACGGGAGGAUCACAGGAGGCCCGCUGGUCGUAAAGGCCAACGGCUGAGGUAUUCCCAGUCCACCCAUCUCCCGACAUACGGUGAGGCGGUGCGGUACGGUGCCGGCUUAGGGCGGGGGAUGGUACGGAGAGCCACCAGCCUGCUCAGCAGACAGUACGCCCACUACCUGAACUCCUAUCCCGGGCUACCGCUCUACCACUCCCCCCUUGACCUUCAAAACCACAACCAGACCCCAGGCAGUCACCCAGUAGCCAGUCCCGUAUGCCAGCUCCUGGCCUGCGGUGGGGGGCGAUGCGGGGGACAGCGAUCCUUGCUGUACCAGGACAGCCUGUACGGGAUUUAUCAGAGCUCCCAGAAUGGAUCGGAGAAGCAAGGCAGUCAGGGAGGAGUUGGCCUGGCAGCGGGGAGCCCCUACGUGCUCCGACCCUGGAAACGGGUGUCCAGUUUGGAGUCGGAGGUUUGAACCAUAAAGACCAAGGAGAAUUUACAACUGACCACUGUGGAGAAGGUUGGCUAAUUUUUGGGGAGACCUUCAACGAUUGUGAACAUAUGCACUGAAGAUGGGGAUCCUCUCGCUUGUGCGUUUUGUGCACUAAAUUGUCCAUGGUGUCGCUUUGUGAUGGAAGUAUAACCGGAAUUUUCAUGCUGUGAUUCGUGGUUUGUGGUGUACAUAUUUUACCGUGGAUGGGAUCCAAACUCUGGUGUCAUGUCGCCAACUGUGAAGAGAUAGCGACGGGGAUUAAAGGAUCACAUCUGUCAC